AUGUCAGCCACUUAUACUCGUGACACCGAAUUGAGAAAUGUACAAUCAAAGGACUUGUACCAGUUGACUGUCAUUUUAGAUGAUAACGAUUAUUGGCAAAAAUUGAUGGAAACAAUACCAAAACACAUUAAUAAUGAAUUGUUUGGCCCAUCAUCCAGCAUUUUUAAUGAUGUGUACUCCAGUGCCCCACUUGCUACCAUGGAAAGAAAGUACACGAAUGAUCACAUACGUCUCAUAGAAAAGGCUAAUAAACGAACAGGAAGACUAUGUGCACAGCUAUUGUUUGAUGAAUGGGGAACCUCUGGGCGUAAGAAUGAGCGACCAACCUUAGGUGUGCUGCUGUAUUACCUUUUGAAAGCUCACUUGUUCCGUGGUGCCGACUAUGUAGCAGAAAAUCUACUGAAAGAGCAAAUACCUAAACGACCAGAAGAGGGACCUGCAGCUGAAAUUUCUUGUGAUCUUCCCUCAGCGAUAAUUGCCAAUGUUAGGGAUAUUGCCGAAGAUAGUCAAUAUUAUCCCGGUACUGAACUGCUACAACAAAACGCAAAUUUCGAGGGUAGUUCGAUGGACAACAACAAAGAUUUUUACACUAAGUACAGAGGUCCUAAUGAUAAAUAUUUUGCACCACUAUUUGCUUCAAUUAGCGACAAUGGUGAAGCACCAACACCACCACCCAGGUUGUUAAGGUCGGCUAGGCUAAUGAAACAACAACAAUUACAACAACUUACUCAGCCACAGCUAGCGGAAAACGUUCAGACAAUUGCCACACUAACAAAUCAACACGAGAUGAACACUGUAAAUGAGCAUUCACAUGAAACAGCGAAUGGGGAUGCCUCAUCAACAACGGCAGAUAAUUUGCCUAAUUUGCCUUUACUGAUGAAGUCCUCAAGCAGCUUAAAAAACGAUUCCACGCCAAAUUUAAGCUUUUUAAUAGGAGGAAAUUCUUCCAUUUCAUCUGCCGAAAAUAAGUGUUCAAAUAACGACAUUCCUGCAAGCGAUAAUUCCUCAUUUUCCAAUGACAUUGGUAAUGUUACACAAAUGAGCCAUGACCUACCAGCGAUAAGCGCUUUAAACUUAAAUGGUGAACGAGACAAUGCUUCCAAAGAAAUAAAUAACAUGGAAGAAGACGUGCCAUCGGUGGCUCUAAAUUUUUGUGCCAGCAGCACUUCUACAAAUUCAACCAGUAUUGGCAUACUGUCCUGCGAGGUACCUUGCGUAGUAGAAGCCAUAGGCCAUGAGAUGAACAUGAUUCACUCAGUAAUAGACAACGAGACUGACAAUUCUGAUGAUGAAGACGAUGUUGAUGAUGACGACGAUGCAGAUGUGCCAAAUUUAAGCAUUUUCAACGAUUCCAGCUUGACGAGUGUUACUAACACGAGUGCAGAAAAUAGUUUUGAGCAGAAUAAUGAUAGCAGGCCAACAUCAACAGAUAACAUACCACCCCUUAAUACAGAAUGCAUUCCAACGCUGAAUUGA